AUGUUUUGGCUGAACAUCGUUCUGGGCGUUGCUGUUGCUUCUUGCUCCUUGGCUAGCCAUGAUAAGACAACCAGUGAACACGUUCCUGAGGGAGCUGCCAAGGGCUACAGCGCUAUAUACAAGAGAAAGCACAAUGUAGAUAAAAGAACUGCUCUAGGAACGGCAAAGGAGGUCUUGACACUCGAUUCGAGCACUCACAAGAAUUCGGAUCUCGCUAAUGGUCGCUAUUCCACCGAUGCUUUCAAUGUAUACUACCCACCAACCUACAAGGGUGAAGAUAAUGAGCAUUUAUUGCUGGGCAAUGUCACAAACGGUCUCUCAGACCCAGCGGUGGAUGUACUACCAGGAGCACUGACACAAGUUUUGGGGGCCGUCUACGGAUAUCUCUCGGAGGAGAAAGUAGGAAUGGUGGGCCAGUGGCUCCAGGAAGAAGCGCUAUACACAGUGCACACGCUAGAAUGGAGUUUUUAUGAAUUAUAA